ACGUUUCGUACCAUGUUUCGUCGCGCUGUCGGACGAGCGAAAGCCAGACUCUGCUGGCAUGGAUAGCUGCGCUCCCGUUUGUCGCCCGACUGCCAUCACAACAUCUUUUAUCACGACCAUCACCCAAACAGUAUGAUACGCUGCGGUCGACAGGAGGGCUGGCUAGCACAGCCCUCCUCCGAACUCGAGAACUGGGCCGUCCUCAAUGGAGGAUCAUUCAACGGCGUCAAGUGUGCUGUCGCAGGUGGAGACCGCGGAUCUGGCUUGCUCGCGAUCAGAGACCUCAAAGGCGGCGACGAAGGGCCAUUGCUGGUCGUGCCUCGCGAUUUGGUCAUCUCGAAGGAAGCAGUGGAAGUAGCUGCCAAGUCCGAUAAGGAUUUGAGAGAGCUGUUGGAGGCAUUAGGGGAGUUCGUUCAAACUACUCGAGGAGCCGUUCUCACGUUCCUUUUAUACACGGCAACCGUGACAGCGGCUCGUAGGAGCAAUUAUCAGCUGGGCUCACUCACGCCCUUUAACCAAUACAUAAAGUUCCUACCGGACGAACUGCUCCCCACGUUCUGGACGCCUGACGAGGUCGCUCUGCUAGAUGGUACUUCGCUCCAAGCGGCCCUGGAGGCAAAGCAGAGGUCGCUCGAACGGGAAUUCGCCCUCCUAGCAGAAGCUACGCAGGAUGUGCGGUGGUGUCAGGACUUGUGGUGGGGCUCCUCGCCGGAUGCCUCGCUCAACCUCAGCCUGGACGACUGGAAGGCAGUCGACGCCAUGUACCGGUCGCGGGUCUUGGAGUUCCCAGGGAUCGGCGACGCGAUGGUUCCAUGCAUCGACAUGGCAAACCACGCCGCUGGAGAGGCGGCGAGUGCGCUGUACGAGACGGAUGGGGCGGGCAACGCGAUUCUGCUGCUUCGGGACGGGAUGGACGUCAGGCACGGCGAGGAGGUCACGAUCACGUACGGCGAUCGGAAGGGGGCUUGCGAGAUGCUGUUUUCGUACGGCUUCAUUGACGAAAGCAUGGAGGAUGCGAGGGAGCUGUUUCUCCCGCUCGAGAUGGACGACGACGACCCGCUGGCGCGGCCGAAAGACCACGUCGCCACCGUCGCGCCCGGCGUCAAGUUCUACAAGGACGACGAGACGGGCGCCUUGAAGUGGCGCAGCGAGUACGUUUACCUGAUGAACGUGAACCAGGAGGACGGGCUUGAGUUCGCCUUUGCCCAGACUGUGACUGGGGAGAGAGAGCUGCAAAUGCUGUUUCACGACACGCCUGUCGGCUCAACCGCCGACUUGCUCAGCGCCCUCCAGAAAGAUCCCCAGUGGGACGUGCACCAUCUGCGAGCGGUGGUCAAGCUCUCGCAACUUGUGGAGCAGCGACUGAACAUAAUAUCCUCGCUCGAGAACGGUGCGCUCACAGAACGCCGAGCGAAGCCAACUGUGCGGGAGAGGUGCUUCGAACUCGCGCUUCGGUUGCGAUUUCUGGAGGGCCAGCUCCUGAUGCAGGCCUUUGUUGCGCUGGAGCAGGAGAGGGACGAACUACUGAACGACAGUCCGGUCGUUAGGGAGUACCUCGUGAAGCAGGCUAGCGGCGAUGGGAGCCAGCAGCAGCAUGCUGAACUCGAAUUGGACGAAGACUUUACAUGAGACAAGUCAAUUAAUGAUGAACCAUCAAUGCAUAUGCAGUCGGGGG